GGGGUGCAGCUGUGCCCCCUUAUCCGCUUUAUUUCCAUCUCUUGUUCCUCGCACCCAUCCCCGGAGAGUUUUCCCCUAGCCAUGGCCCAGAUCCUGCCUAUUCGCUUCCAGGAGCACUUCCAGCUCCAAAAUUUGGGCAUUAACCCAGCAAACAUUGGAUUCAGCACCCUAACAAUGGAAUCCGACAAGUUCAUUUGCAUCAGGGAGAAAGUGGGAGAGCAGGCACAAGUAGUAAUAAUUGACAUGAGUGAUCCAACAUCACCUAUCAGACGUCCAAUUUCUGCUGAAAGUGCCAUCAUGAAUCCAGCCUCUAAAGUAAUUGCACUAAAAGCUGGAAAAACGCUACAGAUUUUUAACAUUGAAAUGAAAAGUAAAAUGAAAGCCCACGCUAUGGCAGAGGAGGUGAUCUUUUGGAAAUGGAUAUCUGUGAAUACAGUUGCCUUGGUGACAGAGACAGCAGUCUACCACUGGAGCAUGGAGGGAGAAUCUCAGCCCCAAAAGAUGUUUGACAGGCAUGCUAGUCUUGCAGGCUGCCAAAUCAUCAAUUACAGAACCGAUGAACAUAAAAAAUGGCUGUUACUGAUAGGAAUUUCAGCGCAGCAAAAUCGCGUGGUUGGUGCAAUGCAGCUCUACUCUGUUGAUAGAAAAGUCUCCCAACCUAUAGAGGGCCAUGCAGCAGCUUUUGCAGAAUUCAAAAUAGAUGGAAAUGCCAAACCUUCCACCCUCUUUUGUUUUGCUGUGAGGAGUCCUGCAGGAGGCAAGCUUCACAUAAUUGAAGUGGGUCAACCAGCUACUGGAAAUCAGCCAUUUGUUAAGAAAGCUGUUGAUGUGUUUUUCCCACCUGAGGCACAGACAGACUUUCCUGUGGCAAUGCAGAUUGGAAUUAAGCAUGGUGUUAUCUACCUGAUCACAAAGUAUGGAUAUAUUCACAUGUAUGACUUGGAGUCUGGAGUUUGCAUCUACAUGAACCGUAUUAGUGCCGACACUAUUUUUGUCACAGCUUCUCAUGAACCUACCUCAGGCAUUAUUGGUGUCAACAAAAAAGGACAGGUGCUUUCUGUAUGUGUCGAAGAAGACAACAUUGUGAACUACGCCACAAAUGUUCUCCAGAAUCCUGACUUGGGUCUGCGUAUGGCUAUACGUAGUAAUCUUGCUGGUGCAGAGGAAUUAUUUGCCAGAAAGUUUAACACACUGUUUGCUCAAGGAAGCUAUGCAGAUGCUGCUAAAGUAGCUGCAUCUGCACCAAAGGGAAUUCUACGUACCAGUGAUACAAUCAGGAAGUUCCAGAGUGUACCAGCUCAGCCAGGGCAUGCCUCUCCACUGCUCCAGUACUUUGGAAUAUUGCUUGACCAAGGACAGCUGAACAAGUUUGAGUCUCUGGAGCUCUGUCGCCCUGUUCUGCAGCAAGGCCGCAAGCAGCUUCUGGAGAAAUGGCUGAAGGAAGACAAGCUGGAGUGUUCAGAGGAGCUGGGAGACUUGGUGAAGACAGCUGACCCAACCCUUGCACUCAGUGUCUACCUUCGUGCUAAUGUGCCAAACAAAGUGAUUCAGUGCUUUGCUGAAACUGGUCAAUUCCAGAAAAUAGUACUGUAUGCCAAAAAGGUUGGCUAUACCCCAGACUGGAUCUUCUUGCUGAGAAGCGUGAUGAGAGUCAGUCCUGAGCAGGGCCUGCAGUUCUCUCAGAUGCUGGUACAGGACGAGGAGCCACUGGCUAACAUUAACCAGAUUGUGGAUGUGUUCAUGGAGAACAGUCUUAUUCAGCAAUGCACAUCCUUCCUAUUGGAUGCUUUGAAAAAUAACCGUCCAGCAGAAGGCCACCUGCAGACUCGUCUGCUGGAAAUGAAUUUGAUUCAUGCCCCACAGGUUGCAGAUGCCAUCCUUGGAAACCAAAUGUUUACACACUAUGAUCGUGCUCAUAUUGCUCAGUUAUGUGAAAAGGCAGGCUUGCUCCAGCGAGCUUUGGAACACUACACUGAUCUCUAUGAUAUUAAACGUGCUGUUGUUCAUACGCAUCUCUUGAAUCCUGAGUGGCUUGUGAAUUUCUUUGGCUCUCUCUCUGUUGAAGACUCUGUAGAGUGCUUGCGUGCUAUGCUGUCAGCCAACAUUAGGCAAAACUUACAACUCUGUGUACAGGUUGCUUCUAAGUAUCAUGAGCAGCUUGGCACCCAGUCUCUUGUGGAGCUUUUUGAAUCUUUCAAAAGCUAUGAAGGACUGUUCUAUUUCUUGGGUUCCAUUGUAAACUUCAGCCAGGAUCCAGAUGUUCACUUCAAAUACAUCCAGGCAGCUUGCAAAACUGGUCAGAUAAAGGAAGUGGAAAGAAUCUGCCGUGAAAGUAACUGCUAUAACCCAGAACGGGUGAAGAACUUUCUGAAGGAGGCAAAGCUAACAGACCAGCUUCCUCUGAUCAUUGUCUGUGAUCGAUUCGACUUUGUUCAUGACCUGGUGCUCUACUUAUAUCGCAAUAGUCUGCAGAAGUAUAUAGAGAUCUAUGUGCAGAAGGUGAACCCCAGCCGCAUACCAGCAGUAGUUGGAGGGCUUCUUGAUGUGGAUUGUUCUGAAGAUGUCAUUAAGAAUUUGAUCAUGGUGGUUAGAGGCCAGUUCUCAACAGAUGAGCUGGUGGCUGAAGUGGAAAAAAGAAAUCGGCUUAAAUUGCUGUUGCCAUGGCUUGAAUCAAGGAUUCAUGAAGGCUGUGAAGAACCUGCGACUCAUAAUGCAUUGGCCAAAAUCUACAUUGACAGUAAUAAUAAUCCAGAGCGGUUCCUUCGUGAGAAUCCAUACUAUGACAGUCGUGUAGUUGGCAAAUACUGUGAAAAGAGAGACCCUCAUCUGGCCUGCGUUGCAUAUGAGAGGGGCCAGUGUGAUCUGGAACUCAUAAAGGUAUGCAAUGAGAACUCACUAUUUAAGAGUGAGGCUCGCUAUCUAGUACGCAGGAAGGACCCUGAUCUCUGGGCAAAUGUUCUAGAAGAAAACAACCCAUUCAGGCGACAGCUUAUUGACCAAGUUGUCCAAACAGCUUUAUCAGAGACACAGGAUCCAGAGGAGGUUUCUGUCACUGUGAAAGCUUUCAUGACUGCAGACCUUCCAAAUGAAUUAAUUGAGUUACUGGAAAAAAUUGUCUUGGAUAAUUCUGUAUUCAGUGAACACAGGAAUCUCCAGAAUCUGCUGAUCCUGACUGCCAUUAAAGCUGACCGCACUCGUGUAAUGGAGUACAUUAAUCGACUGGAUAACUACGAUGCUCCAGAUAUUGCAAACAUUGCCAUCAGUAAUGAGCUGUAUGAAGAAGCCUUUGCUAUAUUCAGGAAAUUUGAUGUUAAUACUUCAGCAGUUCAGGUGCUGAUUGAGCACAUUGGGAAUUUAGACCGUGCUUAUGAAUUUGCAGAGAGAUGUAAUGAACCAUCAGUAUGGAGCCAGCUAGCCAGAGCACAGUUGCAGAAGGACUUGGUAAAAGAAGCCAUUGACUCUUACAUAAAGGCAGACGAUCCAUCUGCCUACAUGGAGGUUGUUCAAGCAGCUAAUAGAAACGAUAACUGGGAGGACCUAGUCAAGUUCUUGCAGAUGGCCAGGAAGAAGGCUAGAGAGUCUUAUGUAGAGACAGAACUUAUUUUUGCCUUUGCGAAAACUAAUCGUCUCUCAGAACUGGAGGAAUUUAUUAGCGGCCCUAAUAAUGCCCAUAUACAGCAGGUUGGUGAUCGUUGCUAUGAAGAGGAUAUGUAUGAAGCAGCAAAACUACUUUAUAACAACGUAUCUAACUUUGCUCGCUUGGCAUCUACCUUGGUGCACCUUGGAGAAUAUCAGGCAGCAGUGGACAGUGGCCGCAAAGCCAACAGCACAAGGACUUGGAAGGAGGUAUGUUUUGCCUGUGUGGAUGGAGGAGAAUUCCGCUUGGCACAGAUAUGUGGCUUGCACAUAGUCAUCCAUGCUGAUGAACUUGAAGAGCUGAUUAGUUAUUAUCAGGAUCGUGGCUACUUUGAAGAAUUGAUUGCCCUUCUGGAAGCUGCUUUGGGCCUAGAGCGUGCUCACAUGGGAAUGUUUACUGAACUCGCCAUCUUAUACUCCAAAUUUAAGCCCCAGAAAAUGAGGGAACAUCUGGAGCUCUUCUGGUCUAGAGUUAAUAUUCCAAAGGUGCUCAGAGCUGCAGAACAGGCUCAUCUCUGGGCAGAGCUUGUAUUCCUCUAUGACAAAUAUGAGGAGUAUGACAAUGCAAUAAUUACUAUGAUGAAUCAUCCUACCGAUGCCUGGAAGGAAGGACAGUUUAAAGACAUAAUUGCCAAGGUGGCGAAUGUGGAGCUGUAUUACAAAGCCUUGCAGUUCUACUUAGACUACAAACCUCUGCUGAUCAAUGAUCUUCUGCUUGUAUUAUCUCCACGACUGGAUCACACCAGGACAGUUAAUUUUUUCUCGAAGGUUAAUCAGCUGCUACUAGUAAAGCCUUAUUUGCGUUCAGUGCAGAACCACAAUAAUAAAGGAGUUAAUGAAGCUCUAAACAACCUUUUAACACAGGAGGAGGACUAUCAGGGUUUGAGAGCUUCCAUUGACGCCUAUGACAACUUUGAUAACAUAGCUUUGGCUCAGCGUCUGGAAAAGCAUGAGCUCAUUGAAUUUAGGCGUAUUGCAGCAUACUUGUAUAAGGGUAACAACCGCUGGAAGCAGAGCGUGGAGCUAUGCAAGAAAGACCAUCUGUAUAAGGAUGCAAUGCAGUAUGCUGCAGAAUCCAAAGAUAUAGAACUAGCAGAAAAGCUGCUUCAGUGGUUUCUGGAAGAAGGCAAGCAGGAAUGUUUUGCAGCCUGCCUUUUCACAUGUUACGACUUGCUGCACCCAGAUGUAGUCCUUGAAUUGGCAUGGAGGCAUAAUAUCAUGGACUUUGCAAUGCCUUAUUUCAUCCAAGUCAUGAGAGAAUACCUCACCAAAGUUGAUGAGCUGCUCUAUAAGGUGACACUCUGAUUUCUAACUUUGUGUUCAUUUGUGUUUCUCAAUAUCCUAGGAUUCUCUUACAAGAAUCUGGCUGUAGCUUCUGCCAGAAGAGCAGUGUCAUUUAGCUCUAACUCAUUUUCUGUUCAUUUCUAAUGCUAUGAGGAUGACUGAUCAUAAAUAACUUGAAAAUCCAACCAGUCUCUGCCCUUUUUUCAUGGGAAAUGGAAGCAAGUGAUUGAGGACUUGACUAUUGGGACUCCUGAUUAUUGUAUCACAAAUACCUUGUGGCAGGGAGGAUGACAUUCGUAAGAUGAAAGAAGUUAAUACAUAACAUGAUGUAUUCUAAGUGCAAAUUGCUUGUUAAAAUAUAAAUUUCUAGAGUUUGUAGCUUUCCAGGCACUGUGAGCUUGACUAGUAACCUAAAGCAUCAGUAAAAGAUUUGCACCGAUCUUAAGCUCUUCAUCCUCAUAUUCUACUGAAGGAAAACUUGCCACAGAAGUCCACUUGUAUUCUUCCAUAUAAGGUUUAGGUUAAGAUCAUGGUUUUUAAAUUGCUGGUUGGAUUUACAAGCGGUUACUUACUAAACACUGGGUAACUUGCCAGAAGGAAAAUGUGCGUGGUGAAAAUGGUUUACACUGGAACUAAUUUAGUCUGAAUUAACUACAGUCACAGUACUAGAGAAUGGGUCUUGAAUGUGGUAUGUCUAAAAUUUUGUCACAUGUCUAACUUCAAAAGCCCAAAACAAAUUGUUGGUUUAUCAGCGGAGUGUGUAUGUUUUCUGGAACUUACCUUUGGUUUAAUGCAUAAGAGAAAGAUUUGAAAGCAUAGGCUAGCCUGUGCCCUAGAAGAAACUAGGCACACACAGUAUGAUAGCGUUCAUUUGGAAACCUCUUGAAUAACUUCACUUUGAGGCAGCAAACCAGAAAGAUGUUUAGCCUCUGCUGCUUUUGUCCAUUCUUCACGGUGUCUGCUUUCAGCACGCUUGCAGAUUUUUCCAGCAGAGGGAGUAACUGAACUUCUGUUCCAAGGUCCUUAGUGCUUUUGGGGCUGUAAAGAGUAAAGACUAAUUCAGGAGAGUGGGAAUUAAUGGUCAUAAGUACAACAAUGCACCUCAUUUGAAAAUGGUAGACCUUAAUUACUUUGGCCCAUAUUAAUAGGGACAGUAUUCAUAAUGCUAAUGUUUAAUGUCAUUCUAAAGAACUGUUAGGUUGACAGCUGUAAGUUUGUGGUUUAACCCUGCAGAUGGCUGAGCACUACAGUCAUUUGCUCACUCUCCCCACUCCCACUGGGAUGAAGGACAGUUUUGUUUUGUUUUUUUUUUUUAAAAAAAAACACCAAGAAACAAACGGCAACUCCAAACCAACAACAAAGUAGAAUUAGUGGGUUAAAACUAUUUACGAAGAUAGGGAGAAGGAAAAUAGUUACAGGUGUGUGUGUGUGUGUGUGUGUGUGUGUGUGUGUGUGUGUGUAGGUAUAUAUCAAGUGGUGCACAAGAAAUUGCUCACCAUCCCCUGACUAAUGCCCUGCAAUCCCCUUGAGCAGCAGAAGAGUGCCAGAUAAACUCCUAUCCCCUUCAAAACUCUUAAUGUCAUAUGGUAUGGAAUAUCCCUUUGGCUGGUUUAAGUCAGCUGUCCUAAUCCUGUUCCCUCUGAGCUCCUUAGGCCUUUCACUGAAAGUGGCCUUAGCUCUAAACAGCACUGUAUAGCAGUCAACUGUAAACAUCAGUGUGUUUUCAACAGGUUUUCUCCUAUAGCCAAAACAUAGCAUCAUACCAGAAACUCUGAAGAAAGCAAUUGCAUCCCAGCUGAAACUAAGACAAAGUUGAAUGAGUUAAAGGCCUAUGGCUGCUUAAGUUUUUGACGAGCAAGCUUCAAAAAUUCAGGGAACUGUUAAGAACUAGGUAACCUCUUUGAAGUAUAUUAGAAACACCUUUUGCAGCACUUGUCAUACUGGAUGUGAUUCUUUUAGUGGGAAAGGAGGCCAAAAAGAAGUACUGAGCUAACUGAAAUAUUUUUUCAGGAUAUUAGUACUGCCUGCAUCUGGGUAUGAAUUUGUAUGGUUUUGUGGCUUUGCAGCUUUCAUUCUCAGUGGUUUACCUAUGGAAUAUGCAACUUUUUAAACCUGAAGGAAGGUACUGUUGCCUUUUUUGCCCACCGUUUCAUUCUUUUCCCAGUUUAAAGCUGUGUUCAGGUUUCCUGUGCUACUGUAACAUUUGGCAAAAGACUUUGUCAUUAACAGCUUUGUUUCUCACAGAUGGGUUCUAUAUAGAAGAUGGUACUACUAGAACACACAGCUCUAAAGUUUCUUCCAAGAAGAGUCUAUGUAAAUAUUAAUGCAGUUAAACCAGUACUCUGUAACGCAGAUUUCUAGUUGUAGAUAACAUAUUAAUGGAUAUGGAAUAUUUGCGCAUAUCUUGGUGCUCUUUUUGAAACGAAGAGGGCUUGCAGGUUAAUAGGUAACUGUAGAUUAGGCCCGUUUGAGAUGAUCCUUGGAACUACAAUCUGUUGGCUUGUU